AUGGUGGCUCUGUGGGGUAUAGUGAAAAGAUUGAAGGAGCCCCAGGUCAAAGAUAAUUCAUCCACGCAGUCUUGUGGCCAAUCAACACCUUCGAAACCAUCUGAAAAAGCCUUGCAUACACCUAUAAAUGCUCGUCAAUUAGCUGACCUAUACGAGAAGGUGAAGCGUGAAAAUAGUGUACUUUAUUCGAGUCUAAAGAAAGACAGCAGUGAUCAAAUGAGAUCUAUACAACCGGAAAGUAAUCAUUCAAUUGCAGAUGGUUCUGUGUCACAAUCUGGGGCGUCCCAAUACAACAAUAGCUUUUUUCGUGGGUUUGCAAACGACAGUAAGAAUAUAGAUAGCAGUACACCUCGGUCAAAGUCUGUCAUGGUGAGAUCUUCAAAUCAAGCACACCAGUCACGAAACGCAUCUUUUGGAAUAAAUCCUAUAGAACGCGCUCAACUUGUCCAUCUUAAAAAGAGAAUGGAGGCAGAUCGAUACCGGAGAACCAGAUUAGGAUAUCUCAGAAGACAUACACAAAACCUAGUUCAUUCACGUAGCGUGACAUCUUCUAGGAAUUCAUCUUAUAUGGAUACGGGUAUAAAUACUGUGGAAGCUAAUCAUUCUGCUCCCCUAAAAACAACUAUUCGUGCAAAGAAGGUUGCUAGAAAGUCUUUGGAUUCUAUUCCCGAGGAUAAACGAAAUAAAAGUGGAUAUUUCAUGCUGAAGAUGGCAUAUAAUAUUGAUGAUGACGAUGUUGAUAAAGAAACGCACGUGAUCUCUCAGGCAAAGCCGCUUUCGGAAAAGUUGAAGUUCAAUUCAAAUACUUCUCUUUCUACACUGGAUACUGUCCGAAAGCCAAAGUCGUUUGUUCCGAAGGAGAAACCAGUUAAAAGCCCUGAAAAGAGUACAAGGGAGCUCCUAAAUGGCACAUCAACUACCGAGCAGGAUGAAGAGACUAUUGGACCAAGUCCCGCAUUCAAGUUUGGUGCUCUCCCAAGGAUAACUAAUGUUGUGUCUGCUCCUUUGCCCAAAGCAGAGAAAAUCCACCAGGAUUCGGUCCCAGCCUUUUCAUUUGGACACGAGAAGCCUCGAGGUCAAUCUGCUGGAAAGGCAGAGUUAAUGCCAUCUUUCAGUUUUGGUAGCAAUUCGGUGCCGAAGGUUUUAGAUAAGACUGAGGUUAAACCAAUUAGUGGCAAACCCCUUGUCCCAGUACCUUCUGCUCCAUUUGUUGCCGAUGGUUCUGCUGUAUCUACAUUCUCUUUCGGUGCUCCAGCUAAAACUGAGACAAAGAUCGGCGCAAAGUCUAGUACCGUCACUCCUGCUUUCAGCUUUGGUUCAAAACCUGAGAAAUCAUCGCAUACCCCUUCGUUUUCUUUUGGUUCAAAAGCUGGUUCAUCCACACCAUUUGCAAAUUCGGUGUCGCCAGCUGCUCCUGCUUUUGCUUCUGCUUCUGUCCCGGCCGCAACGCUUUCUUUCGGUUCCCGUACAAAACCGGAAUCUAAGUCUGCUCCUCCAGCCUUUAAACUAGCUCUCCCUACACCACUAAAAGAGUCAGAUAAGCAAAAUUCAUCUACACCUUCUUUCCAGUUGUCUGCUCCUACUCAGAAGAAGCCUGCCUUCCAGUUCAGUUCAGCCCCGCCGGCAGCGAAGGUUCAGGCUAAUACACCUGGUUUUAUCUUCGGCCAGAAAGCUUCUGGGAUGGGCUCAUCACUCUCUGCAGCCGCGCCAAAUUUUGGAAACCAUUUGCCUAGCCAGAAUGUCCAGGCUAGUAUUCCUACAAAACCUGCGUUCUCCUUCACUUCAAAAGACUCGACAUCCACUCCUGCUUCUUCCAUCUCUGCCUCAUCUGCUACUGUUGCUAGCAAGCCAACUCUCAGUUUUGGAUCUACUUCUGUGCCUACAAAGCCUUCGUUUUCCUUUGAAAGUUCUAAAAAGAACCAGCACCAAUCAAUAGAUGGAGAUUCUGAACAGCCUGGAGGAUCAAGAAAGAGAAACAGAAACCAGACUUCUGCUCCUCCUGUAUUCAAGAUGAAUGCUGCCAAUGUUGUAUCAACGGCCAACGGAAACCAGUCCAGUUUCUCAUUUGGGGGUUACGCUGCAAAGCCCUCAAAGUUCGGCGCUGUCAAUAAAAAUGCAGCAGGUACAUCCUUUGGAAGCAACAGCCCAACCGGUGUCUCGUUUGGAGCUGAAAGAGCGGUCAAUGGUAGUAGUCUUACAAGGGCAUCUACUCCCGGUGCACCAGCUACUACGUUUAACUCGUCUGCUUUUGGAAGUACUUCUAGAGCCAGUAGUAUGCCACCAGCCUUCGGAGCCAAUACCAAUAGCAAUGCUAAUUCUAGCAAUGGAUUCUCCUUCAACACUACCAAUAAUGGCGGUAACGUAUCUGCUCCCAAGCUUUUUGGAUCUUCUAGCUCCAACAAUAACGCCUCCAAUGAAUUUAAUGGAUUUAAUCAGCCUAGUCAGAAUUCAAAGCCACCUUUGGCGGGAAAUAAUGCCUCUGGAUUUGGCGGAUUUGGCAACGGAAACGCCUCCAAUGGCGCCAAUGACGGCAGCAAGGGAAAGCUAUUUAGCCUCAAUGAGUUUCCUACGCUUCCCCCAUCACAUAUUCAGUCGUCAGCCUUCAGUUUUGAUGGUAAAAAUAACAACAAUCCCAAUGCCUUCGGAAUUGCUAAUGGCAACGGCAACGGCAAUGGCAAUAGCAACGGUAAUGUCAAUGGCAAUGGAAGCUCUUUUGCGGGUCCUUCUACAUUCAACUUUAACAAGUCUGCAACUCCUGAUAUCAACUUUUCUGGAAAUAUGGCUAAGCAAGACCCUGCUGCAAUAUUCAGUGGACCUCCAGCUCAGCCUCCGAGCCAUCACUCAAGGAAGAAGCUGAUGCCUCGGUCGCUCAGACGUCGUUGA